CGGGUGUCCCCUGGAGCCCGGCGCUCCGGCCCCUCCCCGGCCGGCCGAGCUGUGAGCCGGCGACCAUGCUGGGCAUCCCGCGGGCCCCGCUGCUGCGGCUGCAGCUCGCCCUGCUGGUGGCCGCGGGGGCCGGGGCGCGAGUGAGCGCACCGCGGAGCCUGGUGUGGGGCCCGGGGCUGCAGGCCGCCGUCGUCCUGCCCGUGCGCUACUUCUUCCUGCAGGCGGUGGACUCGGACGGCCGGAACCUCACUAGCUCGCCGCCAGGUCAAACACAAUUCAAAGUAGUCGUAAAAUCCCUUUCACCGAAGGAGUCAGCCCGAAUUUAUGUCCCUAAACCUUUGGACAGAAAUGAUGGAACAUUUUUGGUGAGAUACAGGAUGCACGAGACUGUCCACGAAGGCCUCAAGGUGGAGGUUCUUUAUGGUGGUGAACACGUAGCUGAGUCUCCCUAUAUUUUGAAAGGACCCGUGUAUCAUGAGUACUGUGAUUGCCCAGAAGAGGAUCCUCAGGCCUGGCAGGAAACCCUGUCUUGUCCAGACACGGAACCACAGAUUGAGCAAGACUUUACUGCCUUCCCCAGUAUCAAUCUCCAGCAGAUGCUGAAGGAAAUCCCCAAAAGAUUUGGGGACGAGCGGGGUGCUGUUGUUCAUUACACAAUUGUCAAUAACCACAUCCACCGGAGAUCCUUGGGGAAAUACACAGACUUCAAAAUGUUCUCUGAUGAAAUUUUGCUGUCUCUGGCAAGAAAGGUCACCCUCCCAGAUUCAGAAUUUUAUAUUAACCUUGGAGAUUGGCCCUUGGAGCAUCGCAAAGUCAAUGACACUCCUGGCCCUAUACCUAUCAUUUCCUGGUGCGGUUCCUUGGAUUCAAGAGACAUUAUCCUUCCAACAUACGAUGUCACCCAUUCCGUACUUGAAGCAAUGAGGGGUGUCACAAAUGAUCUCCUCUCUGUUCAGGGAAACACAGGGCCUUCCUGGAUCAAUAAAACAGAGAAAGCUUUCUUCCGAGGUAGAGAUAGCCGGGAGGAGAGGCUGCAGUUGGUACAGCUGUCCAAAGAAAAUCCACAGCUGCUAGAUGCAGGAAUUACAGGAUAUUUCUUUUUCCAAGAGAAAGAAAAAGAGCUUGGAAAAGCCAAGUUGAUGGGUUUCUUUGAUUUCUUUAAGUACAAGUACCAGGUGAACGUGGACGGCACGGUGGCUGCUUACAGGUUUCCCUACCUCAUGCUGGGGGACAGCCUGGUUCUGAAGCAGGAGUCGCCGUAUUAUGAGCAUUUCUAUGUGGCGCUAAGGCCCUGGAAACACUACGUUCCCGUGAGAAGAAACCUCAGUGAUCUGCUAGAGAAAGUGAGGUGGGCCAAGGAAAACGAUGACGAAGCAAAGAAGAUUGCGAAAGAAGGGCAGUUAACUGCUAGGGACUUGCUCCAGCCGCCCCGACUUUUCUGUUACUAUUACAGAGUGCUGCAGAAAUAUGCGGAGCGCCAGACCAGCAAGCCCACGAUACGUGACGGGAUGGAGCUUGUUCCCCAGCCGGAGGAUGCCACAUCCUUUUGCCGGUGCCACAGGAAGACGCCUGGGAGGGAAGAGCUUUAAGGAGGCCCCGGCUUCACACUCUUUGUGUGCUGGCUGCAUCUUUAAGACUUGUGAAAGAUGCCAAGCCGUGAGGAAAGAGCGGAGCCAGGCCUGGUGGGUCAGGCUCACACUUCUAAUCCCAGCACUCCGGAGGUGGAAGCAAGAGGAUUUCUUACUGCAAAGCCUGCCUGCGAUAUAUGGUGAUUUCCUGGCCAGCCCAGACUUCCCAGUUGAAUCUUAUCAAAAAGCCAAAACAACCCAGAAGUGGUGGUGCACACCUUUAGUCCCAGCACUUGGAAAGCAGAGGCAGGCAGAUCUCCGUGAGUUCAAGGCCAACCUGGUCUACAGAGUGAGUUCCAGAAUAGCCAGAGCUACACAGAGAAACCCUGCCUCAAAAACAAAACAAAACAAACAAACAAACAAAAAGCCAAAGCAAAAAGAAACGCAGAGAGACACUAAGCAUGUAAUCCCACACCGUGAGGCAGAGGCAGGAAGAUCAUGAGUUCCAGUAUUACCAAAUGCCUCUGGAUCUUCAUUUUAUUUGGGGUGAAACUGCUCAUUUGAGCAUCACAAUAGAUAAAAGGACUUAUAAAUCACCUGGGAAUCUGUGGAUGUCACAUUUACUGGUUUGUUUCUAUCUUUUCUUCACUUAUUUUACAUUCAGUUAUGAAGGGAAAAACGUUGGGGGAAGGUUUUAUUUUCUCCGCCCUGUGUAGUUUCUCCUUUUGCAAGUUGUUCUGAUGCUCUGUGAUUCCGGCCUCCUGUUGGAAGAGCUGAUGAAGCUAACUGAGGAACAAGCUAAGUAAGGAACAAGUCUCCUUGCUGUUAAGGGUAGCAUAGAGACGCUGCGUCAUUUAAAUCUUUUUUUUUUUUUUUUUUGGUUUUUCGAGACAGGGUUUCUCUGUGGUUUUGGAGCCUGUCCUGGAACUAGCUCUUGUAGACCAGGCUGGUCUUGAACUCACAGAGAUCCGCCUGCCUCUGCCUCCCGAGUGCUGGGAUUAAAGGCGUGCGCCACCACCGCCCGGCUGCGUCGUUUAAAUCUUUUCAGCUAAGUUUUUGCCAGGGCCUAGGACAGAAUUAAGGGGAAAUUGUACCUUACACUGGUGAAUCAGUCUGUUUGGGUUGCACACCUGUUAAAGACAGCAUAGCUAUUAAUGUAGACGGUGGCAUUCUGUGGGUAUCUUUAUCAUCUAUGUACUAGGAAUAUAAGAAAUAACAGCUGUCAACGUGAGAUCUUUAAUUCCCUUUGUCCUUCCAAAAGAGUCCUCGAUAGCUGCUACACCAGCCUCAGGAGGCCUCAGCAUCCUGGGAUUCACUAAUAUGCCCAGGACAGAGGCAGGUACUGGUUCCUGGAUCUACAGAUGGACGGAAAGAGCCUCCUCUUUCAAUGGGUUGAACCGUUAAGAUAAAAACUUUGGCACUUGCCUCUGCCUUUUAGGACAGGGUCGAGAUCUAAGUCUCAUACCCUUAAAUUCCUGUCUAACUCCUCAAAGCACCAUCAAUCCAAGACACAGUUCAUGACAGAGUGCGCUCCAAAACCAGAGCUCCCCGAACUGGGGAGCUCAUGUGGUCAUGUCUAUUUUCCCGAGGGCCGAAAGGAACACGGGAAUUUAUGUUUUUAAGUAGACCAUAGAAAUGAUCAGCAAGCCCAUCGCCGAUUUAAACCCGACCUGUGUAGUAUGAACUAAAGGACAAGCUGGCCUGAGGCCACACCUGGUGCAUCUGAGUCUGCCUUCUGUUGUUUAUAGAGAGUAGAGCCUUAUGGGAAUGGGUUAUGGAAAGAAAGGCUGCCUUCCUCUUUGCUACCUCUGUAACCCCAGGUCCAGGAAGCAAAUGGCAGUUUGUCGUAGACACAGUAAGUCUUUUAGGUUGAUGUCGUAUGAUGAACAAUCCUAACAGUUAAAAGGAGUUGAGACAAACUGGGCAGUUUCUAUGGACUCCUCGGGGUCCCCGCGGUCCUCACUUUGGAGCAUUGAGUCUCUGACGUGAACCUGCAGGGGACAUUUCACAUCUAAACUGUAGCGCUAAAGUCUAUCACGGAAUUUAGAUAAUCCCCCAUCUCCCCAGCUUGACCACAGCCUUUGAAAUGAAUUUUAAAUGGCUUUUUGGUUUACUAGAUUGAAUAGAUCUUAGUGAAAGAAACUGGCUUAUUAAGCCCUGAUUCUUUCCUUCCCGGCUCAUCUGUUACCCAUAUACCCAGAGCCACUUUCAAUCCUGAAAUUCUUAUUAAAAUGUAUCUGGCUUCAGAGGCCAGGAAUCGAGAGAGAGAGUUAAGAUGAUUACCUGGGAGAGGUUGGAGGAAGGAAAAGAGACAAUGAUUUAUUUUAAUUUCAACAAAAAUAUUUUUAAUUUAACUUUUGAAAAGAGAGGGAUGUAAGGGUGUAAAGAUAUAGUUCCAUGGGGCUGGAAAGAUGGCUCAGCAGUUAAGAGCACUGACUUUCUUCCAGAAGACCCAGGUUCAAUUCCCAGCACCCACAGGGUGACUCAUGACUGACUGUAACUCCAGUUCCAAGGGAUCUGAUACCUUAUGCCAAUGCACAUAAAAUAAAUAAGUUAAAUGAAUUUUUAAAAAAGAUAUAGUUGUGCUCGUUUGAAUAAACUGUCACCAAUGCUUGUGGCUUCCAACAGACGUGGCCGUCACCCAUCAAUAGUGAAUGCAUUGCCUAGAGAGAUCCUAAUGCAUUGAGGACUGCGUACACCAUCGGUGAAAACAAAGCAGUUUUAACUGCGCUGCAUGGAGAGUUCCCAUGACAAAUUCCAGAAAGACCAAAGGUACAGGACAUAGUAUGUGAAAACAUUUUGCCAAAGAUGAAAAGAAAAUGGUUGAGUUUGAAGGACAAACUGCCAGUGUUGAGGAAAGUUGUGGAGAGAAGGGAAUUUUUUUUUUGCUUUAUACCUUUUUAUAAUAUUUAAAUUGCUUUUUAACCAUGGAUAUAAAUCAAGUUGUAAAAUAAAAAUGUCAACAUGGUAAAAGAAUAAGUCCACAGAGGAUAUAAGAAAGAAAAAUGUUAUUAAUGUUUUCCACGAUGCCAUAUUAAAAACCUAUGUCUAGAACUUUGUCAUGUGGUUUUAUUAUAUACUCUUUUUAAAUAAAGCAAAUUUUCUUAA